UCUUCGCAUAUGUCAAUAAAGGCACCUAUAGUUUAAUAAUAAAGAAUAAUAUCUUGGCAGGCUACACCUACUUCUCUCUGUUUUUCCCUAUAUGUAUGAGGCAGCUUCACUCAUCUUCAACUUGCAAACUUGUUCUUGGUUAACAAUCUAAACACCAAAGCAUGGCAGCAGUUGUGGAUUGUCAUCAGCAUGAGAAGGAGCUCAAAACAUUCGAUGAAAGCAAAGCUGGCGUCAAAGGACUUGCAGACGCUGGGGUGACCAAGCUCCCAAUCAUGUUCAUACACCCUCCAGAGAAUCUACUAAACUCAUCAUUCCCGGAAGAUGAUGAGCAAUAUCACAAAAUUCGCAACCUUCAAUUUCCGGUGGUUGAUCUCAGUGGUUUUGAUAACAGCGAGAGGCGAAAAGAAAUCGUCAAUGACAUAAACAAAGCAGCUGAGUCAUGGGGCUUCUUUCAGUUGGUGAACCAUGGAAUUCCGCUUGGUGUUAUGGAGGGGAUCCAGAAAAGUAUCCGAGGGUUUCAUGAGCUGCCCCAGGAGGAGAAGGUGAAGUGGUACUCGCGCGAUUUUACGCAGAAGGUUAACUUCUUCAGCAAUGGAGACUUGAAGGUGUCGACGCCAGCUGACUGGAGGGAUACCUUGUCAUGCAAGGUCCUAGAAGACCCGGAAAGCUUUGAAGCAAUACCGCAAGUGUGCAGGCGAGAAGUAAGUGAGUAUAUGAAACACAUCGAUGGAGUGCAAGAGAAGUUAUCCGAGUUAUUUUCAGAAGCUUUAGGUCUUAGCAGUGAUAAUCUUGCAAGCGCAGGGUGCUUCAAAUCGAGGUCAUUGGCGUGCCAUUAUUUCCCGAUUUGCCCUGAACCGCAUUUGACUAUGGGCGGAACCAAGCAUUCGGACCUCGGCUUUCUCACCUUGCUUCUUCAAGACAGUGUUGGCGGCCUACAAGUUCUUCAUCAAAAUGUUUGGAUUGAUGUUCCCCCAGUGAAGGGAGCUUUGCUAGCAAAUAUUGGUGACAUGAUGCAGAUUAUUACAAAUGGCAAGUUCAAGAGUGUGGAGCAUAGAGUUUUGAUGAAGCCAACCGUCGAGCCUCGUAUCUCAAUUGCAUGUUUCUUGGGUACGGAUGACCUCCAAAAAUCAUAUGGGCCAAUAAAAGAACUUAUAUCAGAAAAUAGUCCGCCGAUUUACAACGAAGUCAAAUUCGGAGAAUACAUGAAGAAGUAUAAACUAUAAGUUAUAUGAAACGACAAUGGUGAACUCUACCUUCCAUCAAUUUAGAGUACCGUAUUGAGUCCAUGUUAUUGUGCAACAAUUAUGUCGAAACUUGAAAGUUAUGGACGUAUGAUUAUGUGACCAUAUUUAUGGUUAAUUUUCAAUUCUUGUGUAAUAGAGCAGUUCUCUUUUUCAAGAGUCAGGUGUGUGAUAUGUUGAAUAUUUCAUUUGACAGAAUAAUAAUAGUUGAGAUCUUUUAUUUGUGUA